AUGUCAGACGGGAGAUGCCUGUGGUUGGCACUGGCCGGUGUACUGCUGGUUCUAGCCGUGAUCACCGGUCCGGUGGGUAGUUAUUCUCCGUUCAAGAAGGGACCACAACAUGGUUCGUUCACUCGAACGUCACCAGCGAAUGGAGAACGUGGUACGGUACGGGAACGCGAGCGAGAACGAGAGCGGGAACGCGAACAGGAACGAUUGGCAACACCUUACGUAGGUCCGCUGGUGGGACUGGAAACGAAUGGAAAGCGAGCUGCCAAUGACUUCGUGGAGGAUGUCGGUAAGAACGUCUUUGACACCGUCUACCAUUGGAAGAUGAUCGACUUCAUGUACCCUUCGCUGCAGUUGCGUAAUAACGCCAUCAGAACACGGGAAUUCAUUCCGGAGAACAAUCUGCCGCUCGGUGUCGAUCGAUUCCGGGACCGGUUGUUCAUUACGACACCACGCUGGAACCCUGGUGUGCCGGCCACACUGUCCUAUCUGCCACUGCCCGCCCAGGAUCGCAGCCAACCGUUGAUGCCGUAUCCGGACUGGAGCUAUCACACGUCACCACGCAACCCGGACUGCUCCAAGAUGAUGUCGGUGUACCGCAUCCAGGUGGAUGAGUGCGAUCGUCUAUGGGUGUUGGAUGCGGGUGUAACCGACACGCUCACCAACCUGCAGCAGGUCUGCCCACCCAAGAUUAUGGCAUUCGACUUGCAGAACGAUGAACUUCUGUUCACGUACGUACUGCCAGCGGAACAGGUGAAGGAGGACUCACUGCACACGAACAUCGUGGUGGAUGUGCGAGACGGUCAGUGUGAUGAUGCGUUCGCAUACGUUGCCGAUGUCUGGCGCAACGGUAUCACCGUGUUUGAUAUGCGCAAGUUCAAGAGCUGGCGCACGACGAACCAUCUGUACAACCCGAACCCGCUCGCCAGUGACUACAACUACCAGGAGCUUAAUUUCCAGUGGUCGGAUGGUGUGUUCGGCAUGUCGCUCGCACCGGUGCACCGCUCCGGCGAUCGCAUGCUGCUGUUCCACCCGAUGUCCAGCUUCAUGGAGUUCCAGGUGCCGGCCUCGAUCCUGCGCAAUGAAACUGUAUGGGAGGGAUUCGGACUGGCGGCGAAGGCAUUCCAACCGGUGGGCACCCGCGGUCGCCUCGGGCAAUCAUCAACAGCCGGUGUCGGCAAGAACAAUGUACAGUUCUUCACACUCGUCCAGCAAUCGGGUGUCGGCUGUUGGGAUCUUGGCAAACCGUACAACCGCAACAACCUCGGCGUGGUGGAGAAGAACGCACAGAAGCUAACCUUCCCGAACGACCUGAAGGUUGACCGAGAGCCGCAACAGUCGCUGUGGGUAAUGAGCAACAAGCUGCCCGUCUUCCUGUACGACAAACUCGACUACACGCAGACUAACUUCCGCGUACUGAUGGCGGACGCUCGGAAAGCUAUCGAGAAUACGGUGUGUGACCCACGCGUACCGCCAAGUUUGGCCUUCGACGCUGCCCAGCUCGAGUGUGAGUUGGAGCUGUAA